AUGUCUGAAGCAUGCCAGUUGCCAAUAGGCUCGGGGCGCGACGAGGCACAGUUGCCGUUGCAGCAGCAUCCCGAGCUGCUGAUGGCCGCUCGGGAGGGCAAUCCGGCACGAUUAACUCGUCUCCUGGGAAACGGGCCUGCGGGCUCCGGAGUGGUCGUCAACAUCGGGGACGCCGACACCGCCAUGGACGAGUCAGCGCGUCCUGUGGACACAGUCGGCGUGGACGUCCCCAUGGACGUGGAGCUGAACAAAAUCCUCCAUGUUAUUGCGUCCAAUGGAGACAUCCCCGACUUCCUGGAGAGCGCGAGGGUCGUCUACGGCAUGGCCAACCACCUCCUGGACGCAUGCAACGCCAACGGCGACACGCCCUUCCAUUACGCGGUGAGGGCUGGGAUGGUGGAAAUUGUCUCGGAGCUCAUCAGUCUGGCGAGAACGGAGGGUGGUGGGGAAAGAGUGAAGGCGGUGCUUGGAAAGCUGAACAAGCAAGGGGAGACGGCCCUUCACGAGGCCCUCCGCUUGCCCUACAAGGAGACAGUCCUGGCCAUGGUCAGCAGGUUAAUGGCGGCGGAUGCCGAACUGGCUCAGGUUCCACUUGCAGAUGGCACCUCGCCGCUGUACCUGGCCGUCUUGUUGGGGCAUGAUGAUAUUGCCGAACGGCUGCAUCAACAUGACGAGGGGCUCUCUUAUUCUGGACCAAAUGGACAAAACGCUUUGCAUGUUGCUGUUCUCCGGAGCACUAGUAAGUAG